CCUGAACUUUCGAACCCAUUGACUUAUCUGUCACAUUUCGGCGCGGAUUCUGAUUCUGAUUCGGAUUCCCCUCUGCUGACUGCUGAUUUUGCUGAAGAAACUGAAAUUUAGAUUCUAGAUCUAGAUUAGACCUUGAUCUAGUAUUUAAUAUCUAGAUCUAGAUUCUAGAUUAAUAUAUAUAAUCUAUCUAAAUCUAGAUCUAGAUCUUACACUGAAGAUUAGUGAUGACUGAUGAUAAAGAUCGUUUACCCCAGUGACUUAACAGUCUGAUUCUAUGGUCAGGAGUAAAGCAUUAUAAUAAAAGUAAAGAAGAUGGUGAAACAAGUAAAGAAAAAGGAACAGGUAAAGCCAAAGGAUGAAAAUCAGACGAAAAUAUCAUCAUUUUUUAGGAAUCCAAGUGGUCCAAAGAAGGAAAAAGAGAGUGGGUUAUUUACAAAGAUCAGCUCAAAUACAGAGAGGAGUCUCAGUCUCAAAGAGAAGGGAAAUGGCUUGAAAAAUGCAUCGAGUAAUAUGACUGGUCCACAAAAGACUUUGAAGAAACCAAAUAGUAAGCUAAGACUACGAGAGGCGAAGAAAAAGACAAAUUAUGAUGAUGAGGAUGAUGUCCUUUGUAUUGAUGAUGAUAAGGACACUGGGUCAAAGGCAGUAGUUGUUGUUGAAGAAAAAAAUGCUUUAUCACCUAUUUCCUAUAGCCCUUUGAGCUCUCCAAAUACAAAAGAGGAAUCAGUUUCAAGAAAUGAACCAGACACAGAUGCACAUGUUGAUGAUGUCAUGGACGUAAGACUUGAGGGUGCAACAUCGUAUGAUACUGCUAAUGUUUGUAAACUAUCUAGUUCAGGUUCUGCUGCCCCAAAAGCAGAUGACAAGCAAGUAGGAGAUGGAGAUGAUUCGACAGAUGAAAAUAAGUCACCAGUUUUUAAAUCACCAUUCUCCACCCCCGAAAAAAAUAAAAGAGAGGUUGAAAGUCAGGCCUCCUCUCCGAAGAUGUCUGUAGAGAGUAUGGAAGGUAGCCCAGAUAUCAUAUGUGACACCCCAGAGGUUGACAAGGUUUUGAAAAAUGCUGCUGCGAAAAGGAAACAAAUUUGCUCUUCUCGGAGCUUCUUGCGUGCAACAGAUCUUCUUGCUGUUCAACCUGAUCUGAAACCAGCUCAUCUGAGAGGUAAUGGACACAGAAAUAGAGGGGGAAGGAAGGGCAUUGUCUCAGUGAGUUUCUCUAAAAAAAUAGAGGAAGCUGAAGGUAUAAAUGCCCUAGGCGUAAGUGCAAGUUGCAAGGAGAAGGAUUCAUUGGUAGCCAUUGAAGAGGAGGCAGAAAACAAACCUGAAAUCAUUUUAUCUGUUCCAGAAACUCAAAUGAUUUCUGAAAUAAAGGCAUGUGAUGUUGGAAAAGAAGAAUGCUCAAAGAAGAUUAUCGAGGAGAGUGUUGCGAUGUUAAAUAAUGUGAAAGGUAACAUAAAUCUGGAAGAGUGUGAAAGCGAUCAGCCCGAACAAAAUUGUGUUGGAGCCAUGGAGCUGUUGUCACAUAAACAAACACAAGAAAAGAGACAUUUCUGUGAGAUGGAUGAUUUUUUAUUAGAAAAGCGUGAAGAUUUUGAAAAAGUUCAGGAUGUUGAUAAAAAGCCAGGCCUCACUCGAAGAACAAAGUCUGAUGUAAAUAUCAGCCCACUGUCUGUGGGCAGAGGUGCUCCUAGGACCAGAUCUAGACUGAUUGAAGCUCUUGAGGAUGUGGAUAAAAAAGUUCAAGAAAAUGAUGAACAGAUAUGGGUCAAUGAAAUUGUAAUCAAAAUGGCUCAAAACAGAGAGGCUGGGUUCGAUUCAGGGGUGUCACUUUCAGACAUUCAGCCAUGUGCUCAGAAAUUUUCUGCAAAACGAGAAUCUUUGCCUGGAUUAUCUCCUUUGUCGAAAAGGCCUAAACUCAAAUCAGAUGUAGUGGAUUUAUCUGAUGUACCCUGCAAGACAGCUAAAGGGGCCGUUAGAAAAAAACUGGAGCUUAGUAAAGGUGAAGAGACAGUGGAAAUGAAACGUAGGAAAACCUCCAAGGAUAGAAUGGCCAUGUUUGGUUUCAAAGGGAAGCAAAAGAGUAAAAAAGAUGAAAAAGUGACUCUUCAUGAUGAUGAUUUACUGUCAGAGGUCCUGGGAAAACUGAACUCUCCGUCAAAGAGAGAAAGUAACACAGGGGCAUCUGUGUCUCCCCUCAAAGAAAAGCAGAAAUCUGCCGGUCAGGUACAUACCUUGGUGCAAGAGAAAGAAAACGUUCAUACUUUUCUCUCAUUGUGUCAGAAUAUUGAAGUGAACUCUGAAGACAUAGAAAUGAUGGAAGAAACUUUCAAGCAGUUUGGGGAAGCCUCAACAGGUGGUGCUGAUGGUCUCAGCAGAACAGAGGAGGCUCAUAGAAAAACGAAUGAGGCUGAAACUGUUGACUGUAUAGAUGCGGAGACGAAAAUCGACUGUUCUAAGACGCUUGAAGAUUCUGUUAUUGUUUUGGACUCUGAGAACACAGAUGAGGAUAAUAAGGACAUGUUUCCAGAUAGUGACUGUAUUAUUGCUGAAGGCAGUGAGGAAAUGGAAAAGUUUGAUACUUCCAGAAAUAGAAAUUCUGGGGAUAGUGACUGUGUUAUUGCCGAAGGUGGUGUAGAGACAGAGAAGUUUGAUACAUCCAAGAAUAGAAAAACAGCUGCAGUUGGCAGAAGUUGUGAUGCUCAGGAUAAUAUUUGCCAAAGUCAUGAAAUAGGUCUGAUGGAACUGCCUCUUGAAAAUGUCACAGAAUCAUCUGCCCCUUUUGAGGUGAGCGGAUCUCAAUUGACCACCACCGCAAAUGAUGUCUUCUCUCAUCAUUCGAGAGGCAAUGUUGAAGUUGCUCUGCCCCCUCUCCAGUCAUGUGGUAAGACUAGUGCAAACGCAGUGUUUGGUGGAUAUAACACCAGCACACCAAAGACAACAGACAACAAGCAGGCAGUGCCUCCUACUUCAAAGGAAUUAGCUGUGGAAGCCACAGUUAAAAGUGCAGAGUCUGGGGUGACUGAAGAUCCUUACCUUUUGGACUCUCUUGAUGCUAUGUUUGACGAGAGUUUUCAUGAAAAGUCGCCUGUCAAGAAGAAAAACAAAUCUGCUCUGAAAGCAAAUAGUCGGAGGUCACCUGAAUUUUGCUUCACUGACUUGUGGGAAAGAUACACCGUGAAGACUGUUUGUAGGAAGAGUGAUGAGAGUGAGGUUUUCUUGACACUAGUGAGAGAUGGUGACUGUGAGGAGACGCUGUGCACACUGCAAGGCUUCUGGGCAGACACAGUUGUCAAGGAAGGUGACAUUGUCAACAUCAUCGGAGAACGUUCUGGAGCAGAGUAUGUCAUCAGUGACAAAAGCGGACUCAUUGUCAUCAAUCCUGACCUCCUGCUGUCUGGUACACUUGUCGUGUCCUCCGUUUUCUGCCUUCGCAAGUCUGUUCUGAACGAAAAGUAUAAGGGCAUGGAUACUGGUAAUGCUCACAUGCUGUACGGCAGCAUCAUCCACAGUUUGUUUCAAUCUGUGCUCAGAGACGGACUUCUGCAGGAGACGGAAAUCUCACGUGUCGCCCAAACGUUACUAGGCACUGCCAAGUUCCUGCAUGACAUGUAUAGUCGAGGAAUGCAGGAGAAAAGUGUGAUGGAUGAAAUUAAUAAUUACAUUCCUGCCCUUAAAUCUUGGCUGGAGAACCACUCUGAAUGUUCUAAGCAAACUUCAAAGAAAUCAGUGUCAAGGUCUGAUGUGACACUGACAGACAUUCAAGACAUUGAGGAGAACAUCUGGUCUCCCAGACUUGGACUGAAAGGAAAAAUUGAUUUAACAGUUAAGACAAAGCUGAAGGGACAGUACGGAGUUUGUGAGAAAGUUUUGCCUCUGGAGCUGAAGACAGGAAAGGCGAGCUUUUCUGUUGAACACCAAGGGCAGGUGACGCUGUACUCCAUGAUGUCAGCCGAGCGACGCACAGAUCCAGGUCAGGGGCUGCUACUCUACCUCAAACACAACCAGAUGAAGACGAUUGAUGUGAAGCCGGAGGCAAAAAGCGGUCUUAUUCAGUUAAGAAAUCGGCUUGCUGAAUAUUUGAGACGACUGGUUCGUCGUGACACUCUGGACGAUGGACAAGUCAGCUACUUAUUGGGUCAGAUUCCUCCACCAAUCAACAACGAGAGAGCUUGUUCAAAAUGUGCUCACCUACUCAGCUGUUCAAUGUAUCAGAGACUGGACACUGACCAGAACAUCAGGGAAAAUCAUGCCAUGGGCCGGCUUGUGCCAGAGUCUCUGCAGCACUUGGGUCAAGAAGAUCUCAGCUACUUCUCACACUGGACUCUGUGUCUAGACCUGGAAGAUGAAGAGUCUAGUCGUGCUCGUCUCAAGCAAAUCUGGACGAUGAGCAGUCGAGAAAGGGAGUCGAUGGGCGACUGCAUUGGGAACCUUGUGAUCAGCUGCUCUGCACUUGGCAUUCCGGAAUCUCAGUGUUUCACAGAAGGGAAGGGUUGCUCCCUUACCUUCCUAAGACAUCCCGAUCAUUCUGGCCUGCCGCUGAACAGUGUUGGACUGGUCAGCAAUGACAUGGUGGUUGUGAGUAGUGAGGAUGGCCGCUACAUUGCACUCGCUACUGGCUUCAUAAGAACCCUAUCUGAGUCACGGGUUGAGGUUGUUGUUGACAGGGACCAGCUACACGACACGCAGGUCUACACGGACAUGAAGUUCCGGUUAGACAGAAACGACAGCUUCAGCAUGUCCAGCCACCUACACACAAACCUGUGUCGCUUGAUGGAAGCCACAUCUCAGGCAGAGAAACUGAGGAAUCUCAUAAUUAAGCUACACAAGCCAGCUUUUCAGCUCCAACUGCCAAAGAAUCACAUUCUGAAAGUGAAAUCUGUUUUCAGAUCCCUGAACAAACCACAAAGAGCUGCAGUGUUGAAGGUGCUGAUGGCCAAGGAUUUUGCACUCAUCAAAGGCUACCCUGGGACAGGCAAGACUUCUACUAUUGUUGCUCUCGUGAAAAUCCUUCGCCUCCUUGGUCAGUCAGUUUUGUUGACCAGCUACACCCACUCAGCAGUGGACAACAUCUUGCUCAAGCUCAAACAGGAUGAGGUCCCGUUUCUGAGAGUGGGUCGUCAGAGCCGAGUUCAUCCCUCCAUUUUGCCUCACUGUGCCGAGAUACUUACCUCAUCUCCCAGCAUCAACUCUGUGCAGAAGCUGAAAGACUUCUACGACUCUUAUGACAUUGUUGCAACCACUUGUCUCGGCACCUCCUCUCACCCGCUGUUUGACCAGCGAACCUUUGACGUGUGUAUCGUGGACGAGGCGUCUCAAGUGUUGCAGCCAGCCUGCUUGGGCCCGCUUUUCCGAUGCCGUCGGUUCGUUCUGGUUGGAGAUCCCCAACAGUUGCCGCCUCUGGUGCAGAGUAAAACAGCCAGCUCUCUAGGAAUGGGUGAAAGUUUGUUCGCAAAACUAGAUAGUCAAGGGGCCACUUUUGAGUUGCACUUACAGUACAGAAUGAACAGAAAAAUCAUGGAGCUGAGCAACGAUCUGGUAUACAAUGGAAAGCUCCAGUGUGGAAAUGAUGACGUUGCAGAGCAAAGACUUGACAUUCCUCUUGUGGACAGCCUCAAAACCAAGCCAGAAUGGAUGCAGUCUGCUCUGAGCUGUGAAAUGGAAAAGUCUGUUGUUUUCCUCAGUACAGAUCGGAUAUCUGCUCCAGAAGUCUCACAAGGGAAUAGUUUGACCAACCAUAAGGAAGCAGAAAUUGUGAUGAGCCUGCUGUUGUCCUGGGCAGAGGCCGGUGUUGAUGCCUCCACCAUCGGAGUGAUCUCCCCGUACAGGUCGCAGGUCAAGUAUCUCCAGCAACAACUUCAGCGCUGCCCCCUUGUGGCGGCGGCCGAGGCCAACACAGUGGACCAGUACCAAGGGAGGGACAAGGAGAUCAUUGUUAUGUCCUUUGUCCGCUCUGGGAAUGCUGGUCAUCUUCUCAAGGACAUUCGACGUCUCAACGUGGCCAUGACCCGUGCCAGGUUCAAACUCGUCUUUGUCGGGAGUGUGAAGACAUUGAGGACUUGUGAGCCAGUGUCUAACCUCAUCAGGCACAUUGAGAACAUGCACAAUAUAAUAGAAAUUCCUGAAUGAAGCUGCUUGUGAUAUUCCAAAUGGAAAUGAUGCAUCAUAAGCGAAUGGGCUCUUUCAGAACAUCUGGAAAUUGCUUCUGCAUCCAGUGGUAUUUGGAGUAUUUUCUCUGAUCCUUCAGCUAAGAAUGCGUCUUCAGUUGUUUCCUCGAGUUCACUCCAACAGGCAUUCUCUGGCGCACUCUCGCCUAAUAAGUGGCACGCACCAUCGUCACAGGACAGCAAGUGAUGACCUUACUUACUCAGACUUUGAGACUCCCACGUCUUGAGACGCCUGAGGCAAUCAGAGAUGACCAGGAGUCUGUCUGCGGCUAAGGCGGGGACAAGCAGGCCUACUGCACAAACUCUGUGAUCUGUAGUGACUCAGCGCAGUGCCUACAAAUUACUACUGUUUGAGUUUGAGCACUUUCCUCUGAUAACUGUUGGCUGAUCUUACAGUUCUAUCGAGCAACUCACAUAAAUAAAGUCCCAGAUUUUAGAGGACUUUUUUGUGUGGAAAAGGGGUUUGGACUUCUUGGACCAUGUCGUCCUGUUCAAGGGAAGUAAUGUGUGAUUACUAUAUAUGGAGUUUGGGUUUGCUCAAUGAAUUUGUGUAUAUAUAAUAUAUAUUAUAUGUAUUUGCUUCGUAUGUAUAAUAAAUUAUCACAAUAAAAAGUUGUGCAAGAAUGUAUCUCUCAAGGUCUACCAAAUACAGUCGAACCUACCUUAAUGGAAACCUGUAUAAAAUGGAAACCUGUCUUAACGGAAUCUCCCCGC